GCAAGGGGGGCUUCAAGGGCUUGCUAGAGGCUACUACUAUGUACAUGUCGAAUAGCACACUGGAGAAGCUGCUGGACAUUCUGCGUAACAAGAUGGCUGGCGUCGCGGACCAGGGGACAGUUGCUGGCCUAAUCAACGCGAAACGCGCGAGGAACGCUUCCUCCUCGUCUGAGGGGGAGCAGGAGGACGAAGGAGAGGAGGACGAGGAAGACGAUGGGAAUGUGGACGACGACGGCGACACCGUGUAUAAGGAGAAGGUUCACGAACGAUUGUCGAUGAUCGAAAACGGCAUUAAACUGUCUGGACCUGUUACCGAUCUUUAGAGUAGGUUUCAUCGAGAGUUGUGGAAACGUUGAACAGGA